GAUGCUCCAGAUGCUUUCGAACAGGUGAGGCAAGGCGGCAACAGUGUUUUUUCCUCCUUGAGGACACCUUGGAAUUGAAGAAAAGAGCAUGGAUCCUGCCAAAAAGAGGACGGCCUGGUCCAACUUCCGAGACAAGACCAGAGCCCAGUUCAGCAACAUCAAGAUUGGCAAGAAACCCAAGAAGACCAAUCUGAAGUAUCGUCGGAGCAUCUCUGUCCCCGACCUUCGGAUUGCACUCCCAUCUCAGCUCUCAGCCCUGGACACGAUAAUCCAGACGCCCAAUGAUGACAGCAUGUUUUUUGACGGUGCCAACAGCCGUUUUUUUUCUCAGUCCGUGGCAGACAGCGGCUCGUCCAGCCCCACGUACUCGGAGAACUCCUCCGUUCCAGAUGCCCCCUUCUACACCAGGUUUGCCGUGCUGCCCUCUACCAGCUCUGCCCCUGAGAGAGUGCCUAACCCGGGCAUCAGCGCCACCCCGAUGAGAUUGGAGACCGACACCUUCUCGUGGCUUUCGGACGAGACCAGUGUCCCGGCAGGGAGGGUGGCACAACAAGCGCCUCCAGAGGCCUAUCAGGCGCACGCCCCUGCCCCAGUAGAGAGAUCCGCUGUGGUGCCAAAGGUCCCCCCCGCUUCCCCAGAGAAGAAAAGAACGCCUCCAGUGUCCAGGACGAUCAUCCCACCGGACAGACUCUCUCUGCCUGCAGAGAUAUCCUCCUCCUGGGCUGGUCCCACGGAGUCAGGCAACAGCACUCCCUCAGAGGAGCACGUUCUGGAGGAGUCCUGGGGGAUGGACAGUGAUCUGCUGGCCAUGAUGGAGCCAAUGUCACCCCCAUCCAGAGAACUCUUCAUCACAGGGUCUGCAGAAGAUGUACCCUAUACUCCUUUCUUCAAUGAAACCAGUGAUUAUGACAGCAACUCCCUUCAAGACCAAGUGGAAAGAAGUAGCUCAGCUGUCAGCUUAGAUCAGCUGGUUGCCAGUGGCCAGAAGGUGCAGUACCUCAUUACCAUCAACCUCAAGGAGGGCAGGAACCUGGUGGUGCGAGAUCGCUCUGGCAAGAGCGACCCGUUUGUUAAAUUCCAAAUUAAUGGAAAGACAAUCUACAAAAGCAAAGCGGUGUCUAAGAACCUCAACCCAGCCUGGAAUGAAUCCUUCUCCUUCCCAGUUGAUCUGGAGCAUAAGCUCUACGUGAAGGUUUAUGACAGAGACUUUCGAUCACAUGACUACAUGGGUGGGAGUGUUGUUCCUAUCAAUAAACUGGAAUUGGACAAGACCACAGAGCUGGUGCUGAAGCUGGGGGAUCCCAACAGUAAGGAGUCAAACAUGGGGGUGGUCAUCAUGGACCUCUGCCUGUCAAUAAGAGACGGACCCACCAAGAGAAACCGCUGGAAUCUUAAGAGGAGAGGGAGCAUUGGGAAGGGCCAAGUUCCAGCCCAGGCCCAGCAGCUUCGCGGUGUGGACAUGAGGAAGAACCAGGUGUGGAGCGGCGUCUACUCCAUCGUCCUGGUGGAGGGUCAGGAUAUGCCUGAGGCCGGCCAGGGUGACGUCUAUGUGCGCUUCCGACUGGGAGAGCAAAAGUUCAAGAGCAAGAACCUGUGUAGAAAGUCAAACCCGCAGUGGAGGGAGGCCUUCGACUUCAACCAGCUGGAUGGGCUGGACGUGCUUCAGGUGGAGGUGUGCUCCAAGAAGGGCCGCAAGUGUGAUGAGUGCUGGGGGCUACUGGAUAUUGACCUGUCCAGGCUGCCGGACAAGCAGAGACAGCUGUAUACACGAGUGUUGGACCCGGGAAAGGGCCGGCUGGUCUUCCUCAUCACCCUCACGCCCUGUUCCGGAGCAUCCGUGUCUGACCUGCACUCGCCCCCCUUAGACGACCUGGAGACCAGCGAGAGGGUGGUGUACCAAUACAGUUUGAAGAACUCCUUGAAAAACAUGAACGACGUCGGUUUUGUUCAAAUCAAGGUGAUCAAGGCCAGUGACAUCGCCUCGGCCGACCUGAGCGGCAAAAGUAAUCCCUUCUGCGUACUCGAGCUGGGGAACAGCAAGCUGCAGACCCAGACCAUCCACAAAACUCUCAACCCGGAGUGGAACAAAGUCUUUACAUUCCCAAUUAAAGACAUACACAAUGUCCUUGUUCUGACGGUCUAUAACGAAGAUGGGGACAAACCCUCAGAAUUUCUGGGGAAAGUGGCUGUGCCUUUGCUCUCGAUUCAAAAUGGCCAAGCUGUUACCCAGUACCUUAAGAAAGAUGAUUUAGCAGCUGCAUCUAAAGGAACCAUCUCGCUGGAGAUGGACGUCAUCUACAAUCCAGUUCGUGCAGGCAUCAGAACCUUUGGACCAAAAGAAAUGAAAUUCCUGGAAGACAGUCCGAAAUUUAACAAGAAGAUUUUAGCUCGUAACAUAUACCGGGUCCGACGCAUCAGCACGGCCAUCCUGUACACACUGCGCUACAUUAAGAGCUGUUUCCAGUGGGAGAGCACGCAGCGCAGCAUAAUCGCCUUCGUGAUCUUUGUGCUGACCGUGUGGCAGUUGGAGCUCUUCAUGCUGCCUCUCUUUCUGCUCCUGCUCAUCGCCUGGAACUACUUCCAGAACACCCCGGGGGCGGUCAGCCACAGUCAGGACCUGGAGAACAUGUCCGUGGCCGAAGACGAGGAAGAGGACGAAAAGGAAUCAGAGAAGAAAGGGCUGAUGGACAAAAUCCAUAUGGUUCAAGAGAUAGUCCUCACUGUGCAGAACACCUUGGAUGAGGUUGCAUCUAUUGGAGAGAGAAUUAAGAACACUAUCAACUGGUCAGUGCCUUUCCUGUCGUACUUGGCGUGUGUGAUGCUGUUUGUGGCGACUGCUGCCUUGUUCUUCAUCCCACUUCGCUACAUUGUGUUGAUAUGGGGUGUUAACAAAUUCACCAAGAAACUCCGCAACCCGUAUGCCAUCGACAGUAAUGAAGUACUGGAUUUCCUCGAGAGGGUGCCUUCUGAUGUUCAAAAGGUGCAGUACAGCGAGCUCCGCGCGCCCACCACCGCUAACCCGCAGCGCAAGAAACGCUAAGAGUCCGGCCCACAGGACCACGCGACCCUCCGGAUGACCUGCCAGACGAGCCACCGGCGGCCCGACAGAGGGAUGGAGGGAUGCACUGACAUGGAGGGAUGGAUGAAUGGAUGGAUGAAUGGAUGGAUGAGAUGUGGGGUUGGGCAGUCUCUCUCUCUUUGUAAAAUGGAUUGGUCGGCCGGGGCUCUCUGUUUUGGUACUUUGAGAACUCGCCUGUGCCUCCACUCUAAACUAACCUUCUCUGGACCUUCAAGCUUGUCUCCUAUAAAUGCAUCAAAACAUAUUGUUACUGUGUGUUUGUGUCUGUGUGUUGGGUUGCAUGUGUGUGUAAGUAUGUGUAUUUGUGUUUUCCAUGUCUAAG